UCACUUCUGAUUUCAUUUCCCUUUGUAUCACCAUGUCGAUCUCAACUUCACAUCACUCACACCUUCUUCACCCAAACCAUAAACGCUUUCUCUCCAACUACCGUAUCCACACCACCGCCACCCUUUCCCUCCCCUCUUCGCGCACUUUCAGGCCUAUCCAAUGCGCAUCUACGCCGGCCCAGGCCCAAGACCGCGUCUUCAACUUCGCCGCCGGUCCCGCCACCCUCCCCGAGACCGUACUUCGACGCGCCCAGUCCGAGCUCUACCUCUUUGAAGAAUCCGGCAUGAGCGUCAUGGAGAUGAGCCACCGUGGCAAGGAUUUCAUGUUCAUACUUGAAAAGGCCGAGGAACAUCUACGCACCCUCCUGGAAAUCCCGCCGGGCUUUUCCGUCUUGUUCCUCCAGGGCGGCGCCACCACCCAGUUCGCAUCCGUGCCGCUCAACCUCUGCACCCCUGACGAUCCCGUCGAUUACGUUGUCACUGGCUCGUGGAGCGAUAAGGCAUUCAAGGAGGCCCAGAAAUACUGCAAACCCAGAGUGAUUUGGUCUGGGAAAUCUGGAAAAUACACAACGAUUCCAGAUGUUAGGACUUUUGAGCAGAACCCAAAAGCUAAAUAUUUGCACAUUUGUGCAAAUGAGACUAUUCAUGGGGUUGAGUACAAGGACUACCCAUUUCCAGAGAACCGCGAUGGUGUUCUUGUUGCUGAUAUGUCUUCAAAUUUCUGUUCCAAACCUGUUGAUGUGUCAAGGUUUGGUGUCAUCUAUGCUGGUGCACAGAAGAAUGUGGGCCCCUCUGGUGUGACAAUUGUGAUAGUGAGGGAUGAUCUGAUUGGGCGUGCGCAGGGUGUUACUCCUGUGAUGCUUGAUUACAAGAUUCAUGUUGAGAACGGGUCUCUCUACAACACUCCUCCUUGCUAUGGCAUUUACAUGUGCGGGUUGGUGUUUGAGUACCUGUUGGAGCAGGGUGGGUUGAAGGAAGUUGAGAAGAAGAAUAAGAAGAAAGCUGAGAUUUUGUAUAAUGCAAUUGAUGGGAGCAAGGGAUUUUAUAAGUGUCCGGUGGAGAAGCCUGUGAGAUCAUUGAUGAAUGUGCCCUUCACGUUGGAGAAGUCAGAGCUUGAGGGAGAGUUUAUGAAGGAGGCUGAAAAAGAGAACAUGGUUCAGCUGAAGGGACAUAGAUCUGUUGGUGGCAUGAGGGCUUCUAUUUACAAUGCCAUGCCUUUGGCUGGAGUUCAGAAAUUGGUCGCUUUCAUGGAGGACUUCCAAGCCAGGCACGAUUAGAGGAGGAUGCUUUUUGUUCCUAGCAGUUUUGGUUUGUCGCUUCUUUUUAUGUUGGCGGGUACUACGUAGAAUCUUCACGUGCACUUUGAUAUUUUCCAGAGGAUAAUUUUGGUUUAGGUUCGUACUUAUUAAUAAAUUAUAAUCCUCUUUUGUGAGCUUGUAUCAUUGCAUGGGUUAGUCCAUGGAAUGAAUUCUGGUUAAAUCAAAAGUAGUUAUAAUUAUUUUCUUGCUG